AUGGGUGAAAUCUAGGAGUUGUGUAAGAUGACUGAUCCCAUAACUGUCUUGCAAGACCCAAAAUGUCAAAACAAUUGGGGUCAAGAGGAUGAUGACGAUCUUUGUGAUCAGAAGGUUGAAGAUACAAGUGGCCUAGAUGAGGACCUGAUCAAGAAGUCCAUACAUCAACAAGUAUCUAAUGUGACAUCCCAUGUCAAUCCCUGGCUGUUUUUGCUGGACCCUGUGGACCUCUCGCUGGAUGUUAAUAUGGCUGCUAAUAAUCUAUGUACAUCAGAAAACUUGAAGACGGCAUCAUUGACUUAUGAAGACGAAGAAGUUCCAGAUUGCCCAGAGAGGUUUCCUGAAAAUGAGGUUUUAAGUACUCAGAGUUUUUCAUCUGGCCAACAUUACUGGGAGGUGGACACCAGUGAUCUGGGGACCUGGAGGUUUGGUGUGACCUACCCUUAUGAAAAUGGUGUCUAUGGGGCCUCCUGGACUUUUCAGAGGAAAUCUAACCAGUGUUUAGCUGUUCAUGAGAGUAACGUUGUCUAUUUGUCCUGUAAUUCAUGUUGUCGGAAGUUUGGGGUGUAUCUGGCUUACGAGGCUGGGCAGCUGUCCAUUUACCAGCUGGGUGUCCCUGUUAGACACCUGCACACUUUCACUGCCACCUUCACUAAGCCCCUUUAUGCUUUUCCUUUGGUCAGAUAG